AUGAGGGUGACCGGCGGCAUGAAGGUGAAGGCUGAUCGAGACGAAUCGUCACCGUACGCUGCCAUGCUUGCAGCGCAGGACGUUGCGGCUCGCUGCAAGGAGCUUGGCAUCGGAGCUUUGCACAUCAAGUUGCGGGCGACAGGGGGCACCAAAACACGAACACCGGGGCCAGGGGCACAGAGCGCUCUGCGAGCACUUGCCCGCUCGGGCAUGAAGAUUGGCCGGAUUGAGGAUGUGACACCGAUUCCCACAGACUGCACUCGGAGAAAGUGCGGACGUCGCGGCCGCCGUUUGUAG